AUGAAGCCGGCGAAAGGCAUACGAGCGAGACGGGACUAUGUGCCUAAGGACGUCGUCAGAGUGGAAAUACCAUCGAUUGGAGAGGCUUGCUCCGCUCGACCGCUUGCGUCGGCUCGAUCUCACGCUCAGGCACCCACUUCUGUUGUAAUGCAGUUUUCUAGUAAGGUGGUUGCCAUCACACACCAUUUACCUUCGCAGUUGCACUCGCUGGCGGGAUCUCCUACAUUUGCAUCACCAUUGCCGGUCUGUCAGCCUUUGCUAGACUUGAUCAUAGCUGAGUUUGUUCAAGAGACUGCGGGUGGGCCGUUUGGAUUGCACGCCUGGGACACAAAAUUCAACGAUUACACAAAGAAGAGGCUCGUGCUCAGCGUCUUAAUUCUUUACCUCAACCUCUUCGGCUUGAUCAAAUGGCUCCGAUACAACGCAUACGUAUUCAUAUCUAUUACCGGAAUAGUCUAUUGUAUCACGGCCGUUCUCUUCGUAGUAUUCUGCGGCCCCGAGGAUGGCUAUUCUCGCCUGUCAUAUCUCAAGGGCGCCACAUCGCCGAAAUGUAACCAGGCACAUGGUCUCGUCUAUGCACAGGCCAUCGUGAACAUCCUCAGCGAUCUGUAUCUCUUCAUACUACCUCUCCCGGUGGUAUGUUCGUUGCAAAUGCCAUGUAAGAAGAAGCUGGAGGUGGCUGCUAUGUUCUCAACCGGUCUUAGUGCCUGUAUCGCUAGUGUACUUGGCCUUGCAUACCGCAUCUUAGCAUUUCAAAGCGCCGACACCGAAUGGACUACGGUUCCUGUCCAAAUCACUGCUAAGAAAAUCCAAUCAACGCCCCAUCUUGAACCAGUUCAACCACCAAAGGAACACGUCGACAUCGAGCACGGAGUCAAUAGCAAUGUUGCAAAGGCCCGCUCUGUCCCGAGAUUGGACUCAGGAUGA